AUGUCGUCCCCAAUUGAAAAAGUGGCCGUCGUAGGAGGCUCCGGCCUGACCGGCGCAGAAAUUGUCCGUUCCCUGCUGCGGUGUGGUUUCAAAGUAUCCGUCCUCAGUCGAGCGUCGUCCAAUGCUACCGCCCCUGACGGUGCAGAAAUCAUCAAGACAGACUACUCCCAUGAGUCCCUUGUGGCCGCCCUGAAGGGUCACGACGCAGUGGUCUCGGCAAUAACGACAUUCCUGGUCGGCCAACAAUUGCCUAUCAUCGACGCCGCCAUUGAAGCCGGCAUCCGCCGCUUCAUCCCCUCAGAAUACGGCGUUGACACUUCGGACCCCAUCAUCGGCGAGAUUGCCCCACCGGCAGGAACAAAGAAUGAAGUUGUCGCGUACCUCAAAUCAAAGCAGAACACCGGCAUGUCAUGGACGGCUCUAAUCGUGGGGGCAUUCUUCGAUGCCGUCUUCGAUCUUGCUGGCACAUUGGGAGUCAACAUACCUGAAAGGGCCAUAACGAUAUUCGACGGCGGAGAUAUUCCAUUCGAAGCCACGAACGUCGUUCAGAUUGGUCGUGCUGUAGCCGCGAUCCUGUCCGCUGGACAUCUGGACGAGACGGCAAAUCAAUACGUCUAUAUCAACAGCUUCACUGUGACUCAGAAUCAGAUGCUGGAGAUCUUCCAGGGUCUCAGUGGGGACAAAUUCCAAAUCAAGCAUGCGAAGAAAGCAGACGCGAGAUCGGCCGCGCAGGAGAAGAUGCGCUCUGAUCCGGAGAAAGGUGGUGUCUGGAUCCAGGCAGUCAUUGAAGGUAUCAUCUUGAUCAUGUUGAACGAAGGAGGGUUCUGUGAGUAUUCGAAAACCACAGGACUGUGGAAUAAGAAGUUGGGUCUUCCUGAUGGAAAUGUUGCUGAAACGAUCAAGGAUGUCCUGUCGAAGAGGGGACUUCUGGGUACCUAA